AUGGCGACUACAGCACAGUCUGUUGCUCCACACUCGGAAUCAGCCUCCCCCAAUCUCCAACCACAGGAGAUCUCUUUCCCACUGCCCAAAGCUUUGCAUACCACAGCGCAUGUUCAUUUGACAUUCCUGGGAAACUGCACGACACUCUUUUUGACAACUUCUACCCCUGGUGACUCAGCGGGCUCAUAUAAGCCACUGGGAAGCUUUGUGUAUGCAAUGCCGGAUCGCACAUCAUCAAAACAAACAAUAUCAACCACCAUCUACACCGCGCCAUCAAGCAUCGAGUACACUACACGAGUGGCCAAGAUUCUGGCUCGACGAACCGGCAAGCCUAUUUAUGUCGGCUGUAGCAUCGAUCCAAACGGACUUGGAUUGACCGUUGAAGAGGAGAUGGAGGGUCUGUCGAAGAUCGUGAAUGUUAUUACAGAGAAAUUUGCAUCCCAGCAACAAUAA